CACUAAAUAGAAAAAAAAUCUGCUCCACAAAUUUUUUUUCUACCUGAAAGUGAAAGAACCAGAGGUGACUUAAUAAAUUCAGAAGCUCAGGAUUGUCAUUCUGGUAGAGAGAAAGGAGAGAUCAGCAAUGGCAGGUGAAGGUGAAGAGAUAGUGAAGAACAAGCAGGUGAUAUUCAGAGACUAUGUGACUGGUUUUCCCAGUGAAUCAGACAUGUAUAUCUCAAGCAGUAGCUUGAGCUUGAAGGUCCCAGGAGGCUCAAAAUCUGUUCUUGUGAAGAAUCUUUACUUGUCCUGUGAUCCAUACUUGAGAAUUUUGAUGAAAGAAGUCCAAAUUAACAGUGUUUUCGCUUCCUUAACUCCUGGCUCUCCAGUAACUGGACUUGGAGUGGCUAAAGUUGUGGUUUCAGACCAUCCAGAAUUCAAGAAAGGUGACUUAAUUUGGGGGCCAACAGGAUGGGAAGAGUACAGCCUCAUAAAAAAACCAGAAGCCCUUCUCAAAAUCCAUCACACUGAUUUGCCUCUCAGUUAUUAUACAGGAAUUCUUGGUAAGUUGUUCAAUUUAGUACUUGACAAUGGGAUGCCUGGAAUGACAGCUUGGGCUGGUUUCUAUGAAGUGUGCUCUCCUAAGAAAGGAGAAAAUGUGUAUAUUUCUGCAGCAUCAGGUGCAGUUGGUCAGCUUGUGGGGCAAUUUGCUAAGUUGAUGGGUUGCUAUGUUGUUGGAAGUGCUGGAAGUAAAGAAAAGGCUGAACUCCUGAAGAACAAGUUCGGAUUUGAUGAAGCUUUCAAUUACAAAGAGGAGCAUGACUUGGAUGCAGCUUUGAAAAGGUACUUCCCAGGAGGCAUUGACAUCUACUUUGAAAACGUGGGGGGCAAAAUGCUGGAUGCAGUUCUCAUAAACAUGAGAGUCAAUGGGCGCAUUGCAGCUUGCGGCAUGAUCUCACAGUACAAUCUUAACCAGCCCGAGGGCGUCCACAAUCUGAUGCACAUUGUUUACAACCGGGUUCACAUAAAAGGGUUCGUGGUUUUCGAUUAUUUCGACCAGUACUCGAAGUUUAUGGACCAGGUGCUGCCCAUGAUCCGAGAAGGCAAGAUUGUGUACGUUGAAGACAUAGCUGAAGGCCUGGAAAAUGCACCUCAAGCUCUGAUAGGAUUGUUCAGUGGCAAGAAUGUUGGGAAGCAAGUAGUACUGGUUGCCAAAGAGUAAUCGGUUUUAGCAACACAAGAAGUUGAAUAAAAAAAUAUAUAAAGAAAUUAAUUAAAAAAUAAUUUAAUUUAAAAAAUCAAUUUAAAAUUUAAAGAUUAUAUCAGUAUUUUAUAUAUAUUUUAAAAAGAUCAAAAUAAAGGGGUCUACUGUUGGGUAUUAGGCUUAGGAAUAUGUUUUGAUUGCCAAAAAUGUGUUCAUUUUCUAUGUAUUUGUAUUUCUAUUGUGUUAUUUAAGGCUAUGGGACCCUUUUCCCCUUUAUAAGAGAUAUUAUUAGAGUAAAUUAUAUUUUCCAA